AUGUUUUCUGUGCAUCUCUUGGCCUUUUAUCUUGCAAAACUUCAGGAAGAUCAAGUCAGAGAGAUCGAUCGCUUCCUCUACAACAUGCAACUCGGCUCUGAACAGCUACAAGACAUCAUGACUCGAUUUGGCAAUGAGAUGAGAAAGGGACUAUGCAUCAACGAGACUUCUACUGUUAAAAUGCUGCCUACCUUUGUACAAUCAACUCCUGACAGGACAGAAAAGGGAGAUUUUUUGGCAUUGGAUAUAGGAGGCUCCAGAUUUGAAGUGUUAAGGGUCAAGGUGUCUGAAGAUGGACGGCAAAUGGUACAAACAGAGAGACAGUUGUAUCCCAUGUCAGAUGAAAUGAAACAAAGCAAUGCUUCUGAGUUUUUCAACUAUGUCGCUGAAUGUUUGGGAGACUUCAUGGAGAAGCAGGAAAUAAAAAACAAGAAGUUUCCACUGGGUUUCACAUUUUCCUUUCCCUGCAGACAAACCAGACUGGAUGAGGGUUUUCUCAUUUCGUGGGGUAAGGGAUUCGAGAUCAGCGGAACCGAAGGAGCAAAUGUGAUCUCUCUGUUACGCAAAGGAAUUGAACAGCAAGGGGACUUUGACGUGGAUGUGCUGGCUUUGGUGAAUGACACUGUGGGAACUCUGAUGUCUGGAGGAUUUGAUGACCCAUACUGUGAAGUUGGUGUAGUCAUUGGCACUGGAACUAAUGCUUGUUACAUGGAGGAAAUGAGCAACAUAGAAUCGCUUGAUGGCGACAUCGGACGCAUGUGUAUUAACACAGAGUGGGGAGCAUUUGGCGACGAUGGCUCAUUGAAUGACAUAAGGACUGAAUUUGAUUGGGAGCUGGAUGCUAACUCUCUCAAUCCUGGGAAACAAUUGUUUGAGAAAAUGAUUUCUGCUAUGUACCUGGGAGAACUGGUGAGGCUCAUCCUGGUCAAACUAACUAAGAGUCGUAUGCUGUUCAAAGGGAAGGCUUCAGCAAAACUCCUCACCAGAGGAUCGUUUAGCAUCCAACAUCUGGCUGCAGCUGUGAACCCCAAUUCUGGGAUGGAGAGCUCUAUGCAAAUACUGACAGACCUGGAUCUUCAGCCUUCUGAAUUAAACUGCAAGGCUUUGCAACAUGUCUGUUCCAUUGUAAUAUCUCGUUCAAUCAGUCUUUGUGCAGCCGCACUGGCUACCAUUUUGAUACAUUUGAAAAGCACUAGGAAGAUGAAACGACUCAGAACGACUGUUGGAAUUGAUGGGACAGUGUACAGAACUGUUCCCCAGUACCCAAAAAACUUGCACCGACUGGUUCGACAGUUGGCUCCUGGAUGUGACGUGCGUUUCCUUCUGGUUGAUACGGGCACGGGGAAGGGAGCUGCAAUGGUGACCGCAGUAGCCUACAGGCUGGUGAAUCAGCGUAAAUACCAGGACAAGAUGCUGGCUCCGCUGCAGCUCAGCCGGGAACAAUUGCUGAAAAUUAUGCGAAUGAUGAAGGAUGAAAUGGAACUAGGACUGAAGAAAGAGACCCACAGUACUGCCGCAAUGAAAAUGCUGCCCACCUUCAUUCAGAAGUUCCCUGAUGGGACAGAAAGAGGCAAAUUCCUUGCCCUUGAUUUGGGUGGAACCAACUUCCGUGUCCUGCUUCUUGUGCUGCGGAGACGGCAAAGGCAAUCCUCUCAAAUAUACCAGAAAAGCUAUUCCGUUCCCAUGGAGGUCAUGCAAGGAAUAGGUGAAGAGCUGUUUGACUGGAUCGUGGAGUGCAUCGUUGAAUUUCUGGAUUAUAUGGGUAUGAAGUGUGUUCACCUAUCCUUGGGCUUCACAUUCUCCUUUCCUUGUAUACAGCAUCAAUUGGAUCAGGGCUUUCUUGUUAACUGGACCAAAGGCUUUAAGGCCACUGAUGUCGAAGGAGAUGAUGUUGUUGCUCUACUAAAAGAAGCCAUUAAAAGACAAGGAGAGCUGAGUCUGGAUAUCGUGGCACUUCUGAAUGACACAGUCGGGACCAUGAUGACCUGUGCUUUUGAGAACCGUAAUUGUGAAGUUGGACUGAUUGCAGGAACUGGCACCAAUGCCUGCUACAUGGAGGAAAUGAAGAACAUCGAAAUAGUGGACGGAGUUGAAGGCAGGAUGUGCAUCAACACAGAGUGGGGAGCAUUUGGUGACAAUGGAUGCUUAGAUGAUAUCCGGACAACCUUUGACAGGCUUGUAGAUAUCAACUCAUUAAAUCCCGGGAAACAGAAAUACGAGAAAAUGAUCAGUGGAAUGUAUUUGGGGGAGAUUGUGCGCAACAUAUUGAUAAACUUCACAAAGCAUGGACUUCUAUUCAGAGGUUUUGUUUCACCUGUACUGAAGACCGCUGGCAUUUUUGAAACCAGCUACAUGUCCCAGAUAGAGAGUGACCGCCUGGCUCUGCUCCAGGUCCGUUCAAUCCUCCAGAACCUCGGCCUCGACAGCACUUGUGACGACAGUAUCAUCGUGAAGGAGGUGUGUAGUGUUGUUUCUAAGAGAGCUGCCCAGCUCUGUGGCGCAGGGACGGCUGCGGUCGUUGACAAAAUAAGGGAGAACCGGGGCUUGGACCACCUGGAGAUCACCGUCGGCGUUGAUGGAACUCUCUACAAGCUUCAUCCACAUUUUUCCACCAUCAUGCAGGAGACAGUAAAGGAUCUGGCUCCCAACUGCGACGUGACUUUCAUGCUUUCUGAAGAUGGCAGUGGAAAAGGUGCAGCUCUCGUUACAGCAGCAGUGAAACGAUCUAAUUAA